UUCAGGGUGGUCCUUUUUGUCUUGUUCUCAAACCCAAACAUGGUUCCGACCACCAAACUUGUUUCACCGAUGACUCAUCCACCUACCACGGUGGUAGCCUUUAAAUGCCGUUGACUGCGCCACCCACUUACCAUACUUUGGAGUCUCAGUCUGGGAUACCUAUUUCCCUUGUUUGCAACGAAAAUGAUUACUCUCUAAUCUAAAUUUGACUCUCCAAAAUUACACUUCUCUCACUCCGUAACCUUCAAAAUUCACUCUUCUCUACUUCCCCAUUCACAUGGCAGCUCACACACUCGCUUUGAUCAUCGAAAACCCUUCCAACCAUCACGAGUUCCUCCUCGUCAAGCAGCCUCGCCCUCCCAAAUUCCACGACCAAGAAUACGAUUCCUUCGUCGAUUCUGAUCUCUGGGACUUGCCUUCCGCUCUCUUGAAUCCGUUACAGCCAGGAUCGGAGCCGCCGAUUGCGGUGGAAGUGGCUGGCUCGCAUUCUGAGGAGCUCAAUUUGGGUGAAUUCGACAUUCGUUCAGCACUCAAUGAGGUAUUUCUACAAAUAGGGUUUGGGGAAGUUGAAGGUGGAGAGUGGAAGUUUUACCAAUAUAUCAAGGAAGCUGCGUUUGGACCCGGUUUGCCCCAUAACACAGUCUUCAUUGCGGGAAAAUUGGUAGCUGAAGACGUUGCCUUGCUAGAUUCACAUAAAUGGAUGUCCGUCCAGAGCUGUCUUAAUUUGCUUCUGGAAGUGAAGCCACAAGACGAUCGUGUUGGACCAUUGGUAGUCGUUGGUCAUAUAAACAACUCAUUUGACUGUGCUAAGUGGAAAGUCCCACCAGCCAUAAACUACCAGGAGUACCCUCCUGGUGUUACACUUAUACCUAUGGAAAGUAGAACCGCAAAGCCUUUUAGCACAACAAACUUGGUUGUAUUUGCACCUGCAAUUGCUUCAAAUGAUUGUGAGGAUAAUAAUUUUAUUGCAUGUGGAGAUGCACUAAUUGUUGAUCCAGGAUGUUUAUCAAGAUUCCAUGGAGAGCUAGAGAAAGUUGUUACUACUUUGCCAAGAAGACUAGUGGUCUUUGUUACUCAUCAUCACCAUGACCAUGUAGAUGGUCUAUCUGUCAUACAAAAGUGCAAUCCUGAUGCCACCUUGCUAGCACAUGAGAAUACCAUGCGCCGCAUAAGCAAAGAUGACUGGUCACUUGGCUAUACCUCAGUUACCGGAGAUGAUGAAAUUAACAUUGGUGGUCAGAGAUUAAGAGCUAUUUUUGCACCGGGACAUACAGAUGGUCAUUUGGCACUGCUUCACAAGAACACUCACUCAUUGAUCGUGGGGGAUCAUUGUGUAGGUCAAGGAAGUGCUGUUCUGGACAUAACUUCUGGUGGAAAUAUGACAGAAUACUUCCAAACAACAUACGAAUUUCUCAAUCUCUCACCGCAUGUUUUAAUAUCAAUGCAUGGGAGAAUAAAUCUCUGGCCAAAGCAGAUGCUGUGUGGAUAUCUGAAGAACCGUAGGAAUAGAGAAGCUAAUAUCUUGAAAGCAAUUGAAGGCGGAGCGAAAACAUUGUUUGACAUUGUUGCAUAUGUAUACGCUGAUGUUGACCGCCGUGCCUGGAUUGCUGCAUCAUCAAAUGUGAGGCUCCAUGUGGAUCACCUAGCCCAACAGCAUAAAUUACCAAAGGAUUUCUCUCUAGAAACUUUCAAUUCCAGUUUGGUUGAAUUUGCUGACAAUAUGGGUAUAAGUAUGAAGAGAAUGCAGUAGCUGGUUUCCUGAGUACUUAGGAGCUUCUUCCGUUGCAUUUUCUCUGUAAAAUAUGUAGCCCUAUAUAGAAAUGUAAUUGUUUGUAAUCAAGUGGCCAUAGAUAGUGGAAAUUUCAGGCAAUAAUUGUCUAAAGUACAUAGCAUGUGUAAUAAUCUGAGUGAGUAACUGCUGCUGCAUCUUCCUUCAUAGGAGUUUUCAAUUCAGAAGUUCAAAAAUACCUGCGGGCUGCAAUUUGUAUCUCGAUGGAUAUGGGCUUAUACUAGUGGCAGUUUACAUAUAGGGAAAUCUUCAUUUCUCAUUGCUGGUGUUGUGGCUGGAAUUGCUGUAUUG